ACAGAUUUAAUAACCGGCGGUGGAUGUGUGGCAGAGGAAGUGGAAUUGUCCGGCACGCAGCCCAGUCAUGGAUCCUUCAGCCGUUCAACGCUGAAUGGAGCAAAAUCGCUGGAUCAUUCUGCACCCACAACAAUAACUUCGCUGGCCGGUGAAGAUGUCAAUUGUCCCGGCAGUGAUGGAAGUGUCUGGGAAGAACUGGCUAAUCGUGGCAACAAUUUCGAAUCAACUGGCAAUAAUAAUGAUAUCACUGAUGAUGCGCAACAGCUUCGCUAUCACCCAAAAAAUGCUGUGUGA